CGAGAUCAAAAAGUUGGCGACAAACUCAGCAAUAAAUACGGUACAGAGACCAAGCUUCAACAUUGACAAGCUAGUGAUGGAGACAGACAAGAACCUCAUUGGUACACUCAUCCUCGAUGCAGGUCCCAUCAUCAGCAACACAACGCUACCAAAAGCAAUUCGCUACCUGACAACGCCCCAUGUCUUUGGUGAGCUCAAGGAUGAAGCUGCUCGUUUGCGUCUACUCAGCUUGACGGAAGGCCGUCUUGAGCAGCGCCAGCCAAGCGCUACAUCGCUAGCCUUUGUUCGGCAGUUUGCGCAAAAGACGGGCGAUGCAGAAGUCUUGUCGGUGCCUGAUAUGGGUGUGAUUGCCUUGGCGUAUGAGAUGGAGUGCGAGCUGAAUAGAGGCGAUUGGCGGUUAAGGAGGGAGCCUGGUCAAGCAAGGAUCAAUGGCAAGCCGCCUGUCAAGGAGGCUCUAGAGGAGAGUCAGUCUGCGGCGAUCAUGGCUGAGGAUACGUCUGUGGCGGGCAGUAAGAACGAUGCGCCUGCUACUCUUGUCGCGCAGGAGGAGGAUGCUGCAGCCUCUCAGAACACUGAAGCAGAAGCAGAAGCAGAAGCAGAAGCAGAAGCAGAAGCAGAAGCAGAAGCAGAAGCAGAAGCAGAAGCAGAAGCAGAAGCAGAAGCAGAAGCAGAAGCAGAAGCAGAAGCAGACGACGAUGAUGAUGGCUGGAUCACCCCUAGCAACAUCAAAAAAGUACAAGCUCAGGAUGCCGCUGCCGAUACAACAGAAGAGACACGCCCGAUGAAAGUCGCUUGUGCCUCGCAUGAUUUCGCACUGCAGAAUGUGCUGCUUCAGAUUGGCUUGAACUUGGUGUCUGGCAAUGGCAGUCGCAUUCGACAGGUCAAGACUUAUGUGCUGCGUUGCCAUGCGUGUUUCCACAUUACACGCAAAAUGUCGCUACGCUUCUGUCCGUCGUGCGGUGGUGCGACACUCAUGCGGACAAGUACGUCUGUGGAUGCGAGUGGCAAGCGGCAGAUCCACCUGAAGCGCAACAUGCAGUGGAACAAUCGUGGUACGGUGUAUGCGAUUCCAGCACAGCAGCAUGGUACGGCCAAUAUGAAGGGGCGGGAGAAUAUGAUUCUACGGGCUGACCAGCGUGAGGUAGAGAAGAUUGAGAAGGCGAAUAGGUAUCGGAAGGAGGUGGACUUGCUGGAUGAUGACUACUUGCCGUCGAUUGUGUCUGGCCGGCGGGACACGGGAGGACAUGGGAUCAAGGUUGGUCACGGCAAGAGGAACAUCAAUUCGAACAGACGGCGGUAGGCUGUAGUCAAACUGUAUUGUACUAUUCUAUCUGA